GCUAAGGUAGCUUCUGAGAAGUUGGAAGACCAUAAACCAGAGCUUCUACCCAAUUCUGUCCAAGUGGGAUUAAAUGAAAUUAUUAAAAAUUGGACAACAAAUACAUGAAUAUAUUGUAACUGUGAAAUGGAGUCCCCAGGGGCAAAUAAUAUGUUUAUAAACAAAAUAUGGGUUCAAUGUGAGAAUGAAAGUUGUUUGAAGUGGAGAUUGUUGUCAAAUGAGGAUGCAAUCAAAGUUAAUCAAAAUGAACCAUGGUACUGCUACAUGAACAAUGAUUCAAGAUACAAUAAGUGCUCAAUUUCUGAAGAAGACUUUCCUGAAGAGUCUGAACUUCAUAAAAAUGGAUAUAAAAUUGUCUAUUCACAGCUCCCUCUGGGCAGCCUGGUUUUGGUAAAAUUACAGAACUGGCCAAGUUGGCCAGGGGUACUUUGCCCUGAUCCUCUUCAAGAAAAUUAUGUAAACUAUGACUUGGAUGGAAACGUUGAACAAUAUCACAUUGAAUUCCUGGGAGAUCCCCAUUCAAAAUCAUGGAUAAAUGCAAGAUUUGUUGAACAUUAUAGUAUCGCAUCAAAGCCAGGAAAAUGUAUAAGUAAAAAGAGGUGGCAUAAAAGUGCACUAGAAGAAGCCCACCUACUCUAUGGAUAUUCUUAUGAGCAAAGGCUAGAAACAUGCUACCUAUCAAAACACGAUAAAUCCAAAGCGGAUAGCAAAGUUUCUAUGAUGGCCAAGAAAAGGAUACAUGUUUCCAAAAGUAAUAUUAAAAAGAAAAAGCCCAAAUUUAGAAAAAAUAAAAGGGAAGCCAUUUUAAAGUGCUCCAUUGAAAAAGUUUGCUCUGAUGAUGCCUUAUCAAAGGAAAACAUGGUUGUCACUGAAACAGAAAUUUUACUGAAAGAGCUGGAAAAAAUGUUACAACAAGCACUUGAGCCCACAUCAAUGCCUGAUGGAUCUAAGGGAGAACAAGAAGAAAUCAAUACAGGAGACAAGUUAUCUGAAUGCAGUCUUGAAGCUCUGGAAAGCAGUUCAUGUCAGAUCCACCAGGAAGAUGACUGUGUUGUAAUUGAUGGAAUAAAAUUAAAAGCUGGAGAAUGUAUUGAGAAGAUAACUAACAAGUUUAAGGAAAUAGAUGCCUUAAUGUCUGAGUUUUAGAACAUACAUAUUUUCAAAAGCUAAUACAACAAUACUGGCAUCUUUAUCUUUUGUCAAAGUCAGAAACUUCAAAAGCUUUAGUAAUAUAUGUUUACAGCAGGUUGAUAUUUGUAAUCACUUUCUACUUGAUAUUUUGAGAAUGCUCAGGGUUUGGGGAACCAAUCAAUUAGUAUCUAAGUUAAGGUUAGAAUUUAUUUCACGAACCUUGGAUUAUUUUGUCUUAAUUUUAAAAUGAUUUGUGAACCUUAUCUCCUAAAUAUGUGAUUUACAAUAAAUAUUUAAGCCUUUUAUUCAAAUGUGACUAAAAUAAAAUGGCUGCACAUGCUAUUACAAUUCUUAGAGAUCAUUAAAUCGAAUACAUUUAGAGAACAUUUGUUUGUAGUAGAAUUGAACACAA